CACGAGACACGAGUGGAUUCGAUGCUUGCUGGUUUCGGUGAAGCGGAGAUGGCAGCCGCAGCUCUGCCUCUUCACCACCAUCCUUUCCCGUCUCAUCAUCAUCAUCCAUCGAAAAGGUCUCGCCUUGCCCCUCCUCUCUACCCUCGUCUCUGUGACUCUCCUCCUACUCUUCCUCCUCUAGCGGCUGCCGGCAGAGACGUAUGGCGGAGUCACGACCUCCACCACCACCACGACCUGCAUCCCACCCGCCGCCGCCCCCCCCAACGCAACCACUACAUCGACCGCAGCGUCGACAUGGCCGCGCUGCUGUACCAGCUGAGCCAGACCACCACGUCGGAGGAGCUCCACGCCGUCAUGUCCCCUUAUCUGGGCGGCCCCGCCGGCGAGUACUGCCUCUCCCCGCGCUUCGUGGUCUCGCUCCUCUCCCGCGAGCCCGACCACCGUCGCUCCCUCGCCCUCCUCGACUGGAUGGUCGACGCUGCCGGCUACCAGCCAUCUGCCUUUGCUUUCAACGUCGUCCUCCGCAACGCCCUCCGCGCCGCCCAGUUUCCCCUUGCCAUUGGCCUCCUCCACGAGAUGCGCCGCCUCCGCCGCCCCUCCCCGGACCCCGUCACAUACUCCACCCUUAUCUCCGCACUCGCCCGCGCCGACCGCCUCGAUGCCGCCCUCGCCCUCCUCCCCCUCAUGGACGCCGACGGCGUCGUCCCCGACCUUCCCCUCUUUACCACCCUCAUCUCCCUCGCCCUCCGCCUCGGUGACCACGCCAAGGCCCUCGCCCUCUUCUCCCGCCUCCGCGCCGCCGGCCUCAACCCCGAUCUCAAGGCCUUCAACGCCGCCCUCCACGCCCUUUCCCUCGCCGGCCUCCUCCGCGAGGCCCGCCGCCUCCUCCUCUCCGACAUGCUCGAAGCCGGCGUCGCCCCUGAUGCCGUCUCCUUCUCCACCGUGCUCGCCGCCCUCGUCCGCCGCCGCCGCUUUCUCCAGGCCCUGUCCCUCUUUGCCGAGAUGCGGCCCCGUCGCGUGUCCCCCGACCUCACCACCUGCAACAUCAUGCUCGACGCCUACGGCCAGCUCGACAUGGCCAAGGAGGCCGACCGGCUCUUCUGGAGUAUGCGGCGGAUUGGGGUCGAGCCCGGCAUCGUCACCUACAACACAAUGCUAAGGGUUUACGGGGACGCUGAGCUCUUUGGAGAGGCCAUCCACCUGUUCCGCCUCAUGCAGCGCAAGGAGAUCGAGCAGAACGUGGUGACCUACAACACCAUGAUCAGGAUCUACGGGAAAACACUGGAGCACGAGAAAGCCGGCAACUUGGUGCAAGAAAUGCAGAAAAGGGGGAUCGAACCCAACGCCAUCACGUACUCGACCAUUAUCUCCAUCUGGGGCAAGGCCGGUAAGCUAGACCGGGCUGCCAAACUUUUCCAGAAGCUGAGGUGCUCUGGCGUGGAGAUCGAUCCCGUGCUGUAUCAGACCAUAAUUGUGGUGUACGAGAGGGCUGGACUUGUGGCGCACGCCAGGCGUUUGCUCCAUGACCUUAAACACCCGGAGAACAUUCCCAAGGAGACCGCUGUCAAGAUUCUUGCCAAUGCCGGCCGUGUUGAGGAGGCGGCAUGGCUCUUCAGGCAAACGAGUGAUGCCGGGGAGGUAAAGGACAUAUCUGUGUUUCGGUGUAUGAUGGACUUGUUCUCGAGGAACAGGAAGCACAUCAACGUGAUUGAGGUCUUUGAGAAGAUGAGAGCAGUGGGGUUCUUCCCGGACUCAGAGAUGAUCGCCACAGUCUUGAAUGCUUAUGGGAAGCUGCAGGAGUUCGAUAGGGCCGAUGCUGUCUACCAGGAAAUGAAGGAAGAAGGUUGUGUUUUCUCGGACAGGGUGCACUUCCAGAUGCUGAGCCUCUUGGGUGGCCAGAGAGAUUUCAAGGGUGUGGAGGCAUUGCUUGAGAGUCUCAACAGUGACCCAAACAUAGACAAGAAAGAGUUGCACCUCGUGGCAGCAGGCGUCUACGAGAGAGCUAACAAACUCGAUGAGGCAUCUCGAAUCGUUGCCAAGAUAAGAAAUUUGGAUCCUUAGCAUUGCGAUCGACAUUUGCAAGAGCGCAGAGACAUUGUUUGAGAGGCUCAACAAUGACCUGAACACCAACAAGAAAGAGUUGCACCUUGUGGCUACAGGUUUCUAUGGGAGAGCUAGCAAACUUGAUGAGGCAUAUUGGCUCAUUGUCCAGAUAAGUAUUUUUAUUUGAUAUAGAAUCGCUUCCGAUGUUAUAGCUUAUGUAGAUUGCACAAAAGUUCAAAUCUCUCUGUUCUGUAAUUUACUCACAUAGCGUGGUAUUGCUUUCUGAUUAGUAACAUAUUAACGGAUGUAUAUAAUGCCUAAUCAUAUGUGAGAAUCUGAGAUGACUAAGAUUUUGCUCA